UUGAAAUAAAAUUCCCAAUUUUCACUUUCACCCUUGAACUUGAAUAGUCGACACGUGCCCAUGUUAUAUCAUGCACUAAUUUCAACCCGAAAAAUAAAUUUCAAUUUCCUUAUCAGCGAUUUAUAGGACACACUACUACAAUAAAUUUGCAUAUUAUCACUUUCGUUGCACCUUUUACGCUACCUGUCAAUGUUGUUAAAUAAUUCGUUGGGUAAACACACCACGAUGAACCUCCACCAUUUUGCAACGAUUUUUGCCGCAAUCGUUGUCCCUUCAUUGAUUUGCGGCAUUUACGAAGCCUGGACCUCUGCCUACGUCCCAAAACUGGAAAUCGAAAAUUCCUUCACAAAUUCGGACGGUUCCUGGAUCACCAUAUCACUGUGUGUUGGCGGCCUCACAGGAGCCCUAAUCUCUUUCCCACUUUUUGACAAAUGGGGGCGGAAAAAAUCACUUCUGACCACCACAAUUCCCUUCAUGGUGUCACCUCUACUCUUGGCUUUUGGCAAUUCGGUUGCGAUUUUUUGCGCAGCGAGAUUUUUCGCAGGAAUGGGAAUUGGCGGUUGUUUGGCAAUUAUACCGCAGUUUGUGGGCGAAAUAGCGCAUGAGACGGUCAGAGGGGCUUUGGGCACGUGUAUCUACGUUUUGCAAGUUUUCGGAAUGUUGUUUAUCAACGUGAUUGGCUCGUAUUUGAGCAUCAAGACCAGUUCUUUCAUCUUGUUUGGUAUUGGAGUUGUGUAUUUGUUGCUUUUUAUUUUUGUGGUUGAAAGUCCGUAUUUUCUGAUCAUGAAGGGGGAGAAUGAGGGGGCCAGAAAGGCUCUACGUAUUUUUCGAAAUGGAGGCGAUGUUGAUAGCGAGUUUAAGAGGAUAAGUCAAGCAGUGGCUGAGCAAAUUGACAAUAAAGGCCAAUUUUCCGAUUUAUUCAAAAUCAAAACGAACCGAAGAGCUUUGCUGAUUGUAUUCAUUUCGGUCAACGCCAAACAACUAACUGGUGAUUUCACCUUAGACACUUACUCCCAAACAAUUUUCAACCAACUUUGCGACAUUCCUCCAAUGAUGUUUGCUGUGAUUUUUUACUCAACCAAAUUGAUCGUAGUCUUCAUUUCGUCUUUUUUCAUUGAUAAAAUCGGACGUCGUCCAACAUUUCUCAUUUCCCUCUUUGGUUCAGGUGUGAUUUUUUUAAUUAUCGCCGCUUACUUACACAUUGCUCUGCACACAGAUGUGGUCAUUAGUGACUUUGUCAAGAAAAUAAUGAUUUUUGUUAUGGUGUUGUUUACCAUAUUUUAUAGUUUUCUUGUAGCCGUUCCGGUAUUGUUGUUGGGUGAGUUGUUUCCAAUGAACGUGAAAGCUUUUGUUUCGAUGUUGUAUGUUAUACAUUUUUUCGUAGCGUCGUUUGUGGCCACCAAACUGUUCCAGGUUAUAACCGACUGUGAAUAUCUCGGUAUGGAUGUUGCGUUUUUUGCCUACUCGUUGUCCUGUUUUAUUCAUUUUUUAUUGGUGUUUAAGUUUGUGUUUGAGACGAAGGGGAAAACAUUGGAGGCAAUACAAGAAGACUUACGUAGUUCUUUUAGAUAGUGGAGUAAAAUAUUUACGAAUACUUUUACGUUUUUUUUUAUAUUUUGUAUAUAUUGCAAAGUUGAAUAAAUAUUAAUUAUUUUUCUA